AUGUCAUUAGAAUCAACUACUAAUAUUCAACUUGAUACCUAUCAGAAAUUAUAUUCACAACAUCAUACUUCUAGACGAGAACAUCAAGGAAUACUAAUCGAACCAUUACAACAUUUAAAUAAUGAUGUACAAAAUGCUUUAAAUAAAGCUAAACACGAAUAUGAAAAUGCAGAAGAAAUUUAUCAUCAAAAUUUUAAUAUAUUAAAACGUGUAUUUACUCAUAAAGCUUCUGAAGAGAAAACACAAUCUGUAUUACCUCUAAAACAUAUUUAUCAACAACGAAAAGAUUUAGCCAAAAAAGUUUUUGAACUUCUCAAUGAAAUAACACUUGAAGCAGGUCCUGUUGAAAUGCGUACAUAUUGGAAUGGAUCAAUUGCAGUUGUAUAUAAUCCAAUUACUGGUAGUACUGAAUGGAGAAAAUAUUGGCAUGGUGGAAUUCAUGGUGUAUUCAAUCCUAUAACAGGUAUUAUUGAAUGGCAACAAGCAUUUCAAACGGGUGUCUAUGGAGUUUUUAAUCCUCAAUUAAAUAUAAUUGAAUGGAAGAAAUAUUUUCAUGGUGGUAUACAUGGAGUUUAUAAUCCAUCAACUGGUAUUAUCGAAUGGAAAUCAGCAUUUCAUUCUGGAGUUGGUGGUGUCUAUAAUCCUUUAAGAAGACAAGUCGAAUGGGAAACAUGUUUUCAUGGUGGUGCUGUCGGAUAUUUUGAUUAUGAUACCCAAUCUGUUCAAUGGACAAAAAAAUGGCAACAUGGUAUUGCUCUUAUUUCAUGGGAUAGAAAUGCAAAUACUUAUUUGACAACUGCUAGUUGUGGUUGGUAUGAUGACGAUUGA